GCCCAAAAGCUACCGGAAAUUUUACAUCUAGAACAAAAUUCUUUAGCCUACACAAAAUGCGAACAACUGGCGCUUUAAUCUUCCGUUUCUUUUGCGUAAGAUGCUCCGUUUAUCAGGAGGUUUGAGUCUCUGGAUCAAAGGUCUGGCUGCAAACCGGAACAAUGAUAUGGAUGGUGAAUGUGAAAAAGUUUCUAUUGUCUACAUGCAUACGCAUUCCUCUUGUACGAUACUGACAGAAUUAGGCUGUGGAGAUGUUGCCUUAGCAAAGGCACUUUGCGAGUACUGCGUUAAUCUUAUCGGGUCUGUCCCUUUACCGACGGUUACCAACCUACUACACUUUCUUAUGGCCCACAACAGCACUGGUGUCAGCCAGCUAUCACCAGGCAUCAUGUUAUGCCACGCGAGAUUAGUAGUGGUUGUAAACUUGAGAGAGGUACCCGGAACAAUCGAAAAUCACAAGGAAAGAGUGAACGAUAUUGAAAUGGCACUUGGUGAAACGCAUGAGAUGAGCACGGGGAGGAGUAAGGAGAACGGAGAGAAACCUAGGGGGAAUUUUCUCUCGGUAUCAACCAACGAUGAAGAGGUAGUGAUACUGUGUAACUUUGAACAAUACCAGGCACUUGAAUCCGAAUACAAACAAGCUGGAAACAGUUGGUGA